GGGACUCGAAGACGUCCCCGAGGGUGAGUUCUAUCCUUUCCCGCCCUGCCCAGCGCAAUCCCGCCCACUUUGCGCGCCCUCGACCGUGUUUGGCGCCCUGCCCGCUUGACGCUUUGUCGUGGGGUUGGACUUGGUGGUGCCCUGCGAUAUGCCCUGUCGAGCGUUUUCCCCCCUUCGGUGGGCCGCAUAUCCCACGCAAAUCCCACUACAGCCCAACAUACAUCGCACGCACUCUGCGCCGUGACGCCACAAUACCUCUAUUUCUCUACCUUUCUCUCUCUCUCUCUCUAUUCGCAACACCCGCGACUGACAUGGCUUUCUCCCUACAGGACAGAUCGAGUCCAACUAUGACGAGUCCGUCGACUCUUUCGAUGAGAUGAACCUCAAGGCCGAGCUUCUCCGAGGUGUCUACGCCUAUGGUUUCGAGCGCCCCUCUGCUAUCCAGCAGCGUGCGAUUAUGCCCGUUAUCAAGGGUCACGAUGUCAUCGCCCAGGCCCAGUCCGGUACUGGAAAGACUGCCACCUUCUCCAUUUCCGUUCUCCAGAAGAUCGACACCAAUGUGAAGCAAUGCCAGGCUCUGAUUCUCGCCCCCACCCGUGAGCUGGCUCAGCAGAUUCAGAAGGUCGUUGUCGCCAUUGGUGACUUCAUGAACAUUGAGUGCCACGCCUGCAUUGGUGGCACCAGUGUGCGCGAUGACAUGAAGGCUCUCCAGGACGGCCCCCAGGUCGUUGUCGGAACCCCCGGCCGUGUUCACGACAUGAUCCAGCGUCGCUUCCUCAAGACUGACGGCAUGAAGAUGUUCGUCCUCGACGAGGCCGAUGAGAUGCUUUCUCGUGGUUUCACCGAGCAGAUCUACGACAUCUUCCAGCUCCUUCCCCAGUCCACCCAGGUCGUCCUUCUGUCGGCUACCAUGCCCCAGGACGUUCUUGAGGUCACCACCAAGUUCAUGCGCGACCCCGUCCGUAUCCUGGUCAAGAAGGAUGAGCUUACCCUGGAGGGUAUUAAGCAGUUCUACAUCGCCGUUGAGAAGGAGGAGUGGAAGCUCGACACCCUCUCCGACUUGUACGAGACUGUCACCAUCACCCAGGCCGUCAUCUUCUGCAACACCCGCAGAAAGGUCGACUGGCUCACCGACAAGCUCACUGCCCGUGAUUUCACUGUCUCGGCCAUGCACGGUGACAUGGACCAGGCCCAGCGUGACCUGAUCAUGAAGGAGUUCCGAUCCGGCUCUUCCCGUGUCCUGAUCGCCACUGAUCUCCUGGCCCGUGGUAUCGAUGUCCAGCAGGUUUCCCUGGUCAUCAACUACGACCUUCCCGCCAACCGCGAGAACUACAUCCACCGAAUUGGUCGUGGUGGUCGUUUCGGCCGAAAGGGUGUCGCCAUCAACUUCGUCACCGCUGACGACGUCCGAAUGAUGCGUGAGAUUGAGCAGUUCUACAGCACUCAGAUCGAGGAGAUGCCCAUGAACGUCGCCGACCUCAUCUAAAAAAAGCAUCGUCUUCCAGAACCUUUUCCCGGAUUGCCCUGUUGAAACAACCCGAACCUGCAGGGCGGUCUGGCAUCCUUGGGAGUGUCUACGGAGAUUUCGAGGCAGUUGAUAGAUCUCGUUUUCUAGAGUGCCAUCUGGGACGGCGCUGCCGUCGGUCCGGAGGCGAUCGAGGGGAGGAGGUCAAAACUGGCUGCAUGACAAAGGCUCGGGAAGUCCUUUGCACCUAAUACCUGGAGGUGCGGUGGGCGACCAAAAGUAAUGCAAUGGUUUUUCACCCUGCUUUUGUCCUUGUUGUAUUUAGGUGUCGUUUUCAUGAUGAUUAUUUCCUUUACGACUAUGAUCCUACUCUCGAUAUGACUAGAUGAUUUGUGAUACUGUCCUAGACUGCAAGUGAACUGAACCAGCCUUUAUACCUCGCACUAGAAGU